UCUGCGUGGGGGCAAACUGGGGCAGGAGUGUUGUCUGAGAUUGGGAGCUCCACCUCUGGAUCAUCUUUGACUGGGAGAGCCCCUGCAAUAAAUUUAUUACAAGAGGAAUGCAACAGAUUAUUGGCAAGUGAAGUGAUGAAGCGUCAACAUUGUCACACAUGUUUUGCACGUUGUAUACAGUGCCUUCAAUUGAGUCAAAGUCACAGUUAUUACUGAAACUUUUGGGUAACUAUGUAGUGCAUGC